CGGUUUAGUUUUUGAAGUUGUGCGGUUAAUUGCGUGACGGUAGCAACAUAGCAGGAACAGUGGCGCACAGUGUACAGUGCACUCACGCACACAAUUAAACACACGUGUACUCUGACAAACAUACAUAUGUAUGCGUACGCUUGCAUACAUAUUUCGGUAACGAUAUAGGUACAUAUAUAAGUGUGGCAUUUGCCUGCGGCAACAAGUGCUAGUUCCUCAUUUGUUGCAUGCGUACAACAAAGUGAAGGAAGAAGAAAAUAAAUUGAAUAAUAAAAAGUGCGAACAGUGACUAGUGAAUUGAAAUGGAAAUGGAAAUUGUGCGUUGAAGACGAGUAUAAAGUGAAACAACAAACAACAACAAAAAACACAAAAAAAUAUACAAAUUAACUGGAUAUUGUAUGCAGUGUUGGCUGUGUGUUGAAUGAAAAUGUCACAACAUUGAAUAGGUGCCGGUGCUUGGCAGAAGUUGGCAAAUAUUUGAUGGAGACACAAAUAAACAAAAAUAGGAAAAACUGUGUGCCUAUGAGGGCGCGGCAGAGAACAACAAUACUAAGUAUUCAACGAGUAAUAAUAAAAUCAAAAUAAAAUAAAUAAGAAACAAAUUACGAAGGAGCAUAGCAAAAGUGUAGGAAAUACACGCAUUACAUACAGACAUAAUAAAAUAAAUAUUAAAAAAAAAAGUUGCAUGUGAAUGUGUGAAAAUCACAAUAACAAUAAAAAUAACGACAAUAAAAACCAUUAUAACUAUAUAAUACGCACAUCCAUACAUACACACACCUAGUAAAGCAGCAUUGUUGAUAAGAAAGAUCGUUGGAAAAAAAUGUGUGCAAUGACGAAAAAGUGAAUUUGAAAAAAAAAAAAAUUAUACAAUAAUAAAAAAAAAAAAUUUGUAACUAUGAGUGAAAGUGCAACGAAAAUAACGAAAGCGUAAAAGUCAGAUAAUUUUUCAUAUUAACGAAUGCUCAAACAAUAAAUUUUAUCAUCGAAUAAGAGACUUGAUAGUCUCCAGUUAGAAACGCACAGACUUCAGCAGAACGUACCAAGUGAAAAUUCUAAAAUAAUAGAAUAAAAUAAUGUACAGAAUGUUUACAAAACACUUCCGCCGGAAAAUGCGGCAUAGCGACUCAGUUGCCGCACUCAUCAUCUACAUCCUACUCGCUCUCAUACAAAAGAUAUCAGCAGCUGGUAACUUUGAAUUAGAAAUAUUAGAAAUUUCAAAUACAAAUAGUCACCUACUGACGGGCUAUUGUUGUGGUGUUCCUUUAGAAAUAAGAAGUACAAAAACGACGGGAUGUCCGCCCUGCUCCACGGCCUUUCGUCUGUGCCUCAAAGAGUAUCAGAGUUCACCGCCCAGCAUAUCUAUGGGCUGUUCAUUUGGCAACAAGACGUCAGAGAUAUUGGGUGGUUCCAGCUUUGUGCUGAACGAGCCUGGCAUGAGUGCGAUUGUGUUGCCAUUCACAUUUCGUUGGACGAAAUCGUUUACGCUGAUAUUGCAGGCGUUGGAUAUGUACAACAUAUCGUACCCAGAUUCGGAGAGGUUAAUUGAAGAAACAUCAUUUUCGGGCGUGAUCCUACCAUCGCCCGAAUGGAAGACACUAGAUCACAUUGGCAAGAAUGCUCGUAUUACAUAUCGGGUCAGAGUGCAAUGUUCCGCUACGUACUAUAACACAACAUGUACGACUUUCUGUCGGCCGCGCGACGAUCAAUUCGGUCACUACAAUUGCGGUGCGCAGGGACAAAAAGUUUGUGUGCCCGGCUGGAAGGGCGCCACUUGUGAGGAGGCGAUUUGUCGGCCCGGCUGCGACCCCAAACAUGGAAAAUGUGAACAACCCGGCGGCUGUGAAUGUCGUCGCGGCUGGCGUGGACCACUGUGCAACGAGUGCAUGGUGUAUCCUGGUUGCAAGCAUGGUUCGUGUAAUGGCAGCGCCUGGAAAUGCGUGUGCGAUACCAAUUGGGGAGGAAUACUCUGCGAUCAAGAUUUAAAUUACUGUGGCACUCAUGAACCCUGCAUGCAUGGCGGUACCUGUGAGAAUACCGCACCUGAUAGAUAUCGCUGCACUUGCGCCGAGGGUCUGUCCGGUGAACGUUGCGAAAUCGUGGAGCAUCCGUGUGCAACGCAUCCAUGCAAAAACGGUGGAACUUGUGCGCUCAAAGAAUCAACACUACCGAAUGUAACAACGUUGCCGACAUAUCGUGCGAUGCGCGGCAUGAGCUCAGCUAUGGGGAAACCAGUUAGUCGUCGCGACUCACUGCUAGGAUUGGCAGGAUUAAGCAGCGCUACGUCGGCAACAACAACACCAAUUGGUAUAGGUGGCAUGACGGGCGGUGCAAGCGGCAAUGCGGGUGAUGGUCGCGGGAAUAGCACGAGCGCCAUGAAUGCACUUGCUGCAGCUGCGGCCAAAUUGCUGCCAGGCGGUGGUGGAGGUGUUGCUAAUCCAUCGCUAGCCACAUCGAUGCUAAUGCAACUGCAACAGUAUCAUAAUAGUGGCAAUGGUGGCAGCGGCAGCAGUACGAGCACGAGUAAUGUGCUGCAUUCGCAUCAUUCGAUCGGCCAUCGGCCGCAACAGAUACCACCGGUUGGCGAAUAUACUUGUGCCUGUUUACGCGGCUGGACGGGACCAUCAUGUGAAAUCAAUAUCGAUGAGUGUGCUGGCGGUCCCUGCGAACACGGUGGCACUUGCAUCGAUCUAAUCGGCGGCUUUCGCUGUGAAUGUCCUCCCGAGUGGACAGGCGAUGUAUGUCAAACCGAUGUAAAUGAAUGCGAAGUCCACUACACGACAAACAAUAAUAACAACGUCGCUGCAUCUUUAGCAGAUGCGAUUUCAUCAGCGACCUCGUCGGCGGCGUUGAUUGCCGCCAUAAGUGCUGCAACAACCUCCAGAGCUGCAACGGCUGCCGCGAGGGCAGCACUCAAAGCGCAAGCGGCAUCUGCAGGCAAUGCAACGGCGGGAUCAGCACUGUCCACCACAGUGGGUCCCUGUAUAAAUGCGCGACAGUGCAUCAAUCUACCCGGCUCGUUUUCAUGCAUCUGCAACGAAGGCUGGGGUGGACCAACGUGCGCUCAAAACACCGACGAUUGCGUGGGACAAUGCAAGAAUGGAGCGACCUGUAUCGAUUUGGUGAAUGACUAUCAUUGCGCGUGCGCAACAGGUUUUACGGGUCGCGAUUGUGAGACCGACAUAGAUGAAUGCGCAAACUCACCGUGUCGCAAUGGUGCUGAAUGCGUGGACUUGAUUGGAAAAUUUAAGUGUAUCUGCCUGCUGGGUUACUCCGGCUCGUUAUGUGAGGAGGCCAAAGACUACUGCACACCGUCACCGUGUCAACAGGGUCGCUGCCUAAAUACACCCGGCAGCUAUUAUUGUCAUUGUCCACCGGAUCGAGCGGGUAAGCUCUGCGAGCAAGCCCGGCCGCUCUGUUCGAAACCGCCAUGCAAUGAAGGCUGCUUCGCUAAUACCACCACGAAUGCGCUCCCAUGCAGUGGGUAUGGCACAUGUGAGAUCAGUGAUGUGGGCACACGCUGCAAAUGUCAUGCCGGCUAUACGGGCACCUUCUGUGAACAUACUUUAAAUGAGUGCUUGCCAAAUCCUUGUCGAAAUGGUGGAAUUUGCUUGGAUGGUGAUGGUGAUUUUACAUGUGAAUGCGUUUCUGGUUGGACAGGUAAGCGCUGCUCCGAACGUGCUAACGAAUGUUAUGCCGGCCAAUGCAAAAACGGUGGUACCUGCCUGUCUGGUUCUACGGAGAAAGGCAUACAAUCGCAUUGCCGUUGUGGGCCCGGCUGGACUGGCGCCUUUUGCGACGAGCCGAUUGAUCAAUGCAGCGGUCAGCCAUGCCACAAUGGCGGUACUUGUGAAUCCGGUACCGGCUGGUUUCGAUGUGUAUGUGCACAAGGCUUCUCUGGACCGGAUUGUCGCAUCAAUGUGAACGAGUGUUCGCCGCAACCUUGCUUGGGCGGUGCGACGUGCAUUGAUGGAAUUGGCGGUUAUACGUGCAUUUGUCCCCCAGGACGACAUGGAUUGCGUUGUGAGAUUUUGCUUUCCGAUCCGAAAUCUACCUGCCAUAACUCUACGAAUUCAUUAUCACCUUAUCAAGCAUUGAAUCAAAGCUAUGGCGAGUGGCUAGAGCUGGCGCUUUCUGGGAACACAGACGAAUUCUGCAAUGCUUGUAUCUGUGAGAAUGGUACUUCGCGCUGCACGAACCUCUGGUGUGGUUUGCCGAAUUGCUUUAAAGUCGAUGCGACAAGGAAAUCUUCAAAUCUAUCUGGGGUGUGCAAGCAACACGAGGUCUGCGUGCCGACAGUGAGUGAGGCAUGUCUCUCACCCCCAUGUGCAGUACGUGGUGACUGUCGUGCGCUAGAGCCAUCGCGUCGCGUAGCUCCACCGCGCCUGCCUGCCCAACCUGAAUGCUGGCCAAAUCAAGCGGUGCUGAAUGAGAACUGUGCACGCCUCACUAUUAUACUAGAUCUGGAGCAAGUUGGUGAAGGUUCAUCUGUGGAAGGGCUUUGUGCGAUUAUACGUUUUUUACUGGCCUCGAAACUGGUGAAAAUUCAGCGCGACAGCAACGAAGCUAUGCUAAUUAUUAUAUGUGACUUGAAGACAGGCGCAAAUGAUACCAUAGAAGUAACUGUGUCAUCGACUACGUUAGCAGAUCCUCGAUUGCCCACAGUGGUCGGCUUACUUGGCGAGCUGCUUUCCUCACGUCAACUCAACACUCUACAACGUCGCAACGAGUUGCGCCACGGGAAAUUUGCACCACUAGUAUCCAUACUUGAAGUAAAGGUGGAAACGGCACUCGUAGCCGAAGGCAACCACAACAGCCUACUUAUCGGCAUUCUCUGUGGCAUCUUUAUUGUACUUAUCGGCUGUGUAGUAUUCAUAACUCUCAUUUGGCGUCAACGACUUCAUUCACGCUCUACUUCGGGCAUCAAUCUUACACCCUCUAUGGAUGCAUUGCGCCACGAAGAGGAAAAAUCGAAUAAUUUACAGAACGAAGAAAAUCUGCGACGUUACACGAAUCCGCUCAAAGGUUCCACCAGUUCAUUGGGUCGAACCAAUGGCAUAGAACUUAGCCUUAAUCCAUCGCCAGAAUUGGCCACAGUCUCCUCACUAGUAACCGCUUCUACCUCAGCACUGCACCGUUCGCAGCCACUCUAUCCAGCCAAUUGUGGUGAAUCGAAUUUCGACUGUGACUUGGAGGUGAAUGCGACGGGUAGUAGAGGUAAUGCGGCGAGCAAAACCGAGCUACAUCAUGCACAUGUACAAAAGCGCAACUCACAAAUCUUGUUACACAAAACGCCCAAUUCCGAUAUGAAGAAGAACACAGUCGGUUCGCUGGAUAGUCCACGAAAGGAUUUUGGAAAGAGAUCAAUCAAUUGUAAAUCAAUGCCACCACCUGCCAACGAAGACUCGGACGUGCUCACAGUGGUGGUGUAGUAUUCGAUCGUAAUAGCAGUUGAGCAGCCUGUAAGCAAUUGAGCCGAUGAUCUCAGAAUAUCUACCGAAUUAAUUAGCAAACUUUAGGGUUAGAUAAAUCGCCUUUUUGCGAGAGAGGAAAGGAAUAAAAAUAUGUACAAGCAAUUGAAUCUAUAUCCGCCGAAGCUUCGAUUUUUACUUAGACUAUGGGUUGAUCAGAAGGAAGAGCAAACGGGAAGUGGACCAGUUGUGUGUAUCAAAAUGAUUAUCGCCACUUCCUCAUGCCAUGCACACCCGCUUACAGUAAAUAUGGGUAUAAUUGAACGAAAUUUUACUUAAUAAAUUGUUUAUGAAUUACGACUUUUUCGAACUUAUCUAAACUAUUUAGCUAGAUAUGAAAAUGAACGAUUAACGUGGAGAUAGCAAUAUGCAAUAGUAAGUAGUUUAAUUAAAUUAAAUUGUUAAGUUUGGCUAAGGAAUAAAAAUUAUUGUAGAAGCUAGAUAAAAUUAGAUAAAUAGAAUAAUGCAUAUACUACUACUAAUAAAUAUAAUGUUGAGUUUGAAAAAUCCUACAGCGUGUGAUAUUAUAGAUUAAAUAAAUACAAAUUUAUAAAUAACUUAGACAAAAAAAUAUUAUUUUUUUGGUAUAGUAAGGGCAUUAAAAAAUCCUUGUACAAUACAGAUAAGUU